AUUAAACAAGGACUUUUAGCACCAAGUCUGGAGACUUUUAUUAUAGAACUCACCAUGAACCGGAAGUCCGCCACUCUCUGGUCUGUUUACAUUAGCUCCUGCUGAAUCCACGUGAAAGAGAUGAAGAUGUGAUGUAGCCUCGAUUUUCCCAGGACAGGUUGAUCACAAUGUCCCUGAGAUGCAGUCAGAAGAUGUUACUGAGACUUUACGGUGCGUCUCUGUCCAGUGUGAAGAGCUGCAUGUGUUUGAGCUCUGCCAAAAGACACUCCAGCAGAGCCGCUCAGAGACACAGGAGGGUGGUGAUCACCGGCAUCGGACUCAUCUCUCCCCUUGGAACAGGAAGUGCUCUGCCUUGGCAGCGUCUGAUUGGUGGAGAAAGCGGUUUGGUUGCUCUGGACUCAGAGGAGUAUAAAACAGUGCCGUGUAAGGUGGCGGCUCGCGUGCCGAGAGGAGAUAAACCUGGAGAUUUCAAUGAAGAGAUGUUUGUAUCCAAAGGAGAGAUAAACAGCAUGUCUCCAGCCACGGUUAUGGCCGUCGGUGCUGCCCAACUGGCUCUGGAGGAUUGCGGGUGGUUUCCCAGAAGCCCUGAGGAGCAGCUGGACACCGGUGUGGCUGUUGGCAUGGGCAUGGUGUCUCUGGAGGAGAUCGCUCGGACGGCCUCGGCCUUUCAUACGCGUGGCUACAGCAAGGUCAGCCCGUUUUUCGUGCCCCGCAUCCUGGUCAACAUGGCCGCAGGGCAUAUAAGCAUCAAACACAAACUAAAGGGUCCGAAUCACGCCGUUUCCACCGCAUGCACCACGGGCGCUCACGCUAUCGGGGACGCGGCCCGUUUCAUCGCUCACGGUGAUGCCGCAGUGAUGCUCGCCGGUGGGACGGAGGCCUGCGUCAGCCCGCUGUCCAUAGCCGGCUUCGCUCGGGCUCGGGCCCUCAGCACCAACUGGAACCAGGAGCCCAGACUCGCCUCACGCCCAUUUCAUCCAGACAGAGAGGGGUUUGUGAUGGGGGAAGGGGCGGCCGUGCUCGUUUUAGAGGAGUACGGACACGCCCAGCAGAGAGGAGCGCGGGUCUACGCCGAGGUCAUGGGUUACGGCCUCUCUGGAGACGCCAAUCACAUCACUGCACCAUCCGCAGAUGGAGACGGAGCCUUUCGGUGCAUGUCUGCUGCUCUGCGUGACGCUGGUGUAAGCGCUUCAGACGUGACGUAUGUCAACGCUCACGCCACCUCCACACCACUAGGAGACGCUGCAGAGAACGCAGCCAUUAAAAGGCUGUUUCAGAAGCAUGCGUACUCGCUGGCCGUGUCCUCCACUAAAGGUGCCACAGGUCAUCUGCUGGGAGGCGCCGGUGCGCUGGAGGCGGCGUUCACUGCCCUCGCGUGUCAUCAAGCCACCCUGCCUCCCACCCUCAAUCUGGACCGGACCGAGCCAGAGUUCGACCUGAACUAUGUGCCCUGCACAGCGCAGCCCUGGAGCGCCAGCGGCCGCAGAGUCGCUCUCACAAACUCAUUCGGCUUCGGUGGAACAAACGCUUCUCUGUGUCUCGCAAGCGUGUGAUCACAGAUUUCUCUUGAUCAGAUCCACUGGUAUAUCAGUGUAACACUGACCUGUAUGUGAAUCAGUAAGAGUUUCCACUGAUCCAUCACUGAUCCAUUCUGCUUACUGUACACUGCAUACUAUUUUAAUACUAUGCUGUAUACAUACAAUAAUAAAUAAACAAACAAUAGAGUUAAUUUGUUGUCACAUGACUUCAUCGAGUUGCUUGUUUAAUUAAAUGCAUUUAAUUUAGUUAAAUAAGUGUGGUUAAGAACUUUGUGUGAAUUUAAUUUAGUAAAUUAGUUAACUAAGGAUGACAAUAAGUGCAUGACCACAUUUAAUGCAUAAAGCUGAGUAAAUAAACCUUCAUAUUUUGAA